CCCCGCGGGAGGUAAACUUGGCAAGAGGGAAAUCCAUUAAGCCCAAGAGUGCGUUGCACUUUUCAGGGCACCUGGGUGCAUGAAAACUCCAGCGGACUCUCCUGGGAAAGAGACCAUGCCCCCCGAGUCUCUUUCCAACCUCUCCCGGACCGCGGGCGUAUAUCAGAGCGGUUUCGUUCCAGAGGUCUCGGCAAGGGAUUUCCUACCCGCCCCGCACGGGACCACUGCGGAGUUCGUGAUCCGCUGUGAUCCGUCCGUCUACGUGCUCACAGCGGGCUUGCUGGGCAACAUCAUGCUGGUGAAGAUCUUCAUCACCAACAGCGCCAUGAGGAGCGCCCCCAACAUCUUCAUCUCUAACCUGGCCAUUGGGGACGUGCUGCUGCUGAUCACCUGCGUCCCUGUGGAUGCUUCCCGCUACUUCUUCGACGAGUGGAUGUUCGGGAAGGUGGGCUGCAAACUCAUCCCGGUGAUCCAGCUCACCUCCGUGGGGGUGUCCGUGUUCACUCUCACUGCCCUCAGAGCCGACAGUUCCUGUAAUACUCUUUCUAAAACGACAGUCCUACAAAAAUGGCAGGCGGGCUCUCAACCACUGCGCCACCAGGGAAGCCCUGUGCUUUCAUUUUUAAAGAUGGAAACACGGAAACGCCUGGCCAAAAUUGUGGUGGUCUUUGUGUGUUGCUUUGUCUUCUUCUGGUUUCCAAAUCACAUCCUUUACAUGUAUAGGUCUUUCAACUAUAAUGAGAUUGACCCAUCUCUAGGCCACAUGAUUGUCACCUUAGUGGCCCGGGUUCUGAGCUUUUGCAGUUCUUGUGUCAAUCCAUUUGCUCUUUAUCUGCUCGGUGAAAGCUUCAGGAGGCACUUCAAUAGGCAGCUCUGUUGUGGAAGGAAGUCCUAUCGAGAGAGAUCAAGCAGCUACCUACUCAGCUCCUCCGCAGUGCAUGUGACAUCCCUGAAAAAAAAUGCUAAGAACAUGGGGACCAAAUCUGUAUUACUUAGUGGGCACAAUGUGAAGCAGGAAAUGGCACUGUGAUUUUGGCCAUUCAACUCACUACCUGAAAAGAACUUACUCUCGUAUCUCUAUUGAGUAAAGCAAAACUAAACAACUUUUUCUUUCUUACUAUAUCUCAGCUCAUUCAUUGAACAGUUUCAUGAUUAACUCAGAAAAGGCAAGUCAAACAGAGUUACCAUUUUUCACUGAACAAGACUUUAAAUGACAUUAAAAACAUAUGUAUUACUCACAUUA